UCUUCCCUCACAAUCCUAGAAAUGGAGUUUUUAGUUGUUUUCACUUUGCUCUUCAUGCAAAUCUACACAAUCGGAGCCAACAUCCCGGCGGUGAUUGUGUUCGGUGACUCCUCUGUAGAUGCUGGAAACAACAACCAAAUCCGAACGGUUUUGAAGAGCAAUUUCAAGCCUUACGGUCGUGAUUUUUUCGGUGGAAAAGCUACCGGAAGAUUCUCCAAUGGACGCGUUCCGCCUGAUUUUAUAUCGGAGUCGUUUGGUUUGCGACCGUAUGUACCGGCUUAUUUGGAUCUGGCGUAUAACAUAUCGGAUUUUGCUACUGGCGUUUGUUUUGCGUCUGCUGGUACAGGUUACGACAAUGCGACAUCUGCUGUGCUUUCAGUGAUACCUCUAUGGAAGGAGGUGGAAUACUAUAAGGACUACCAAAGGAAACUAAGAGGCUAUUUGGGUGAUCAAAAGGCCAAUACCAUUCUAUCUGAAGCAGUUUACCUUAUAAGCAUGGGCACCAAUGAUUUCCUUGAGAACUACUACACACUUCCCAACAGAAAAUCUCAAUACAAUGUUAACCAAUACCAAGAUUAUCUUAGAGUCAUCGCCGAAAGCUUCAUCAAGGAGCUCUACAGCCUUGGUGCACGUAAGAUUUCCCUCGGAGGUCUUCCUCCGAUGGGUUGUUUGCCACUAGAGCGAACAACCAGUUUCAUAAAUGGAAAAGGAGAUACAUGCAACGAUGAAUAUAACAAGGUGGCAUUGGCUUUCAAUGGGAAGUUAUACGGUAUGGUGAAGAGGUUGAAUGGCGAGCUUUCGGGGAGCCAAAUCGUCUUCUCUAAUCCGUAUGCCAUUUUCCAGCAAAUUGUCCGGAAACCUUCCAGUUUCGGAUUCGAGACGGCAGCAAUAGCGUGUUGUUCAACAGGACUAUUCGAGAUGGGAUAUAUGUGUGAUCAAUAUAAUCCGUUCACCUGCUCCGAUGCCAAUAGAUACGUUUUCUGGGAUUCUUUCCAUCCUUCUGAAAAAACCAAUCGUAUCAUAUCUGAUCACUUGUUCAAAACCGUUCUUUCUAAAUUUUUACCCUAAGUUUGGGUUUUAAUUAAAUUAAUAAAGCCAAAAAGGGUAAAUUUGGAAAACAUGGGCGUGGUAUGUUAUAUUUUAUAUAUAUACUUGUUAUAUUUAUAAUGUCAUGUAUUAUGUACAAAGAGAAUGUAUGUCGUUGAUUUCGAAUCUUGGGUGAAUUGUUUCUUACGGUUUA